UCAGUACUGGGUUCUUGAUGACGCUCCGUCCGGGCGUCAGUUGCGUGCCAGACACAUCAUGGCCUACACCUGGGAUAACCGAGUGUCGUUUGUCGUACGAUUCCUCUACGACAUCGACAACAAUGGGCAGCUGGACAGCCACGACUUCAAGUGCCUGGCGCUCCGCAGCUGCGUGCUGGAGGGCAAGGGCGACUGCAGCCCGGCGCGCCUGCAGAAGUUCCAGCACAUCAUGACCAGUCUUUGGGAGGAGCUAUCAGAACUGGCGGACUUCAACAAGGACGGUAUGAUCACCACCGACGAGUUCAAGAAGGCGGUACAAGACACUUGCGUUGGCAAGAAGUUCGAGGAGUUCCCGCAGGCCAUGAAGGCCUUCAUCGAGAUCAACUUCAAGCUGCUGGACAUCAAUGAUGACGGCAUCGUCGGCCUCGAAGAGUUCCGGUACGACUGCGUCUCCAGGAUGGUGGUGGAGGAGAUUAAGGAUAUCGAUGAUGCGUUCAACGCGCUGUUAAAUGACGAAGACCGCAAGGUCGGCGGCAUCAACCUGGCACGGUACCGCGAGCUGUUCGCGCAGUUCCUCAGCGACACCUCCGACAGCUGCCCAGCGCAGUACCUCUUCGGGCCGCUCGUCUUCAACUAACAUCCUCACAUACGCCCGUGGAAUACGACAAACAUUGUUAUAUACCCUGAUUCUACAAUUAAUUGAAAUUAUACGGCUUUGAUCGAGAUUCGAGUCAGGCAGGGUGAUUAUGCAUCUUUAAGCAGAUAUUCUCAUACAAAAACGUCGCGCAAUCAGUAGCGGCGUUAGGGAGGGGCCACACUGGGCGACCCGCCCAGGGCGCCGGAUAAAAAGGGGCGCCAAAGGCAGACAAAAAGGGUCGCUGCAAGCAGGGUGCUCUACCAGCACCCUAAACGCCGAAUAAAUCUCGCCCAGGGGGCUGGUAGUAUUAAAACCGGCAAUGCACACAAUCGGUGUCUAAUCACCUAAAAGACUCGAUUACCUAUACGGCGACGAAAGCAAUUUUAGACGUUUGACAGCAGAUAUCGCAAAAAAUUCUGCUCUCUAACACUUGUUGCUUACUUUGUACAAAGAUACGUAAUUGCCCUGCGGAUUCUACAAACGGCAAAUUAGUAUUUUUUAGGUACACUCUAAACAAAACGACGAAGUUAAGAAGAGCAUAGCGGAUACCAUUCUCAAAAACAAAACCUUUGUUAUAAAAGUAGUACAAAGCACAAAACUAUGAAUAUAACUAACUGUCCCGGUGAACUUCGUGUCACUUUAAAACCUUCCCUGGACUUCUAAG